AUGGCCCCGAGCACACGCUCUAAGAAAAAGGGAACGUCUGCGACGCCUUUGGCGUCGACGGCGGGACCGCCCGUUUCGGAACCAAUCUUACCUGGGAGUCUUCCGCCCGAAGGGGAAACUCCCGAGAUAGGUCCGAGUGAGUCGCAAGACCCAACCAGCACCGACAAUAACGUCGGUGCGACCAGUUUCCAGUCUACGGACACUGACCGCGCCGAGCAAGCCGCGUUGCUCGAAGAGGUCGAUGCGCGUACUUUUCCCCAAAUGUCACCGAACCCGGUGACGACCAGUAUCUAUUCAAGCGCCACGGACCAGCCGACUGCCGGCAUCCGUGUACCUGAGCAUCGUAAUCAUGCAUCUCCUGUAACUAGUAAGAUCGUUAGUGACCACACUAUGAGAAUGAAUGUCCCGAGCAUCAUAAGUCAUGAAGAAAGCAAGAAGCAGUCUGUCGAGCAGACUGUGCGUAUCCAACUGAUGCAGAAGGCGCUCGCACUCAUGGAGCUAGCGCAAAAGGGCAGCUUUAUUGGGCUACCACAAGGAAACUUUGACUUUGUGAAUUGGGUCGAAGCAGCGGUCGACAGCAACGACCUUACCCGAGUGGUCGAGGUUCCGGAAGCCCCGAAAGCUGUGAAACAGGAACAAGAGACGCCUAGGAUCCCAACGGAGCGUGUCGAACACGCAUAUAAGCAAGGAACCCGGGACGGGCUCGAAAUAGAUGCAGAAGCGCGCGAAGCGAUCUUCGCACCGCGCGGAAACGAUGAAUCAGAGAACGCAUACCAUAAUAGGUUGCAGAUCCAGGCAGAUAUACUGGAUCGAGAAGGCGGAAUCUUCACCACCGGAGCCAGCGCUCUGCGCGCCGAAGUUAAAGGAAAGGCCAAAGCUGGGUCAUCGAAGGACGACGCCAACAUCGGCCACGCCAUCGCUACCCAGUACAACGCGCUGAAGCGUGAUGAAGAUUACGACCGCGAUACGCGGGAUGAGUACGUCACACCGUACAAGCGCGAGCCGGGAAUCGUGAUUAAUGAACCCCGCGCUCCUAGCAAGCCAGCUCGGGCGCAUGAGGACCAUACGCCGACGCGUGUCCAAGAGGGCAGGCCGGUCACAUCCGGCCUGGGUGCUUCGAGUACCCCUCAGAGGGGUACCAACCGUAGAUAUAGGGAGGAUGAAUUCAACGAGUAUUACGCUAAACGUAAUAGGAAUAGACCUGUAGAUGCAGAUGUGUUCAGUAAAGUAGAUAACAAUGCAUUGCCGGACUUACCUGUCCCUGAACGCAAGGUCGUGUUCCCAUCUCCUCGGAUCGAAAGCCCAACACGGGUACCCGAGCCUGAAUUCAACUAUCCUGUUGACGAGCGUUCGAUGUUCCGCAUCAGCCACCCUCCGAACGCUACAAAUCACACGUCCGACGAUGAGUUCAACGACGUCGAAGCCGGGUAUAACCGGUUUACUGAGAUGCACCUAUCAAACAUCGUGCGUCUCGUGCAUCGGUGGGUCGGCGUACCAAAUGAUACGCCACCGGCCAAAGGAGUCAAGCUAACGCUCAACGCUAAGUAUAGCGGGGAGGACGAUCCGGAGGUGUUCUACACUUACCUAAAGGAUCUCCUCACGUAUUUCUUCUUUGGGCGUAUAUCUGGGCCAGACCAUGGACCCGACCAAGUCCUGAUCACCGGCCAGACGCUUCACGGACCUGCGCGCUCGUGGUAUGAGUACGAGGUACUGAAGGACGAGUGGUUCCGCUGGACACUCACUAAGAUGAUGUGCGAACUGUUUCAGCACUUCAUCAGUCCUGCACACGUACACACACCACAAGCAAACUACGCACGGGUACGAUACUCCAGCGAGACGGGAGUAUCCCAGUUCGCGUCCACGCUCCAGCAUUACGCGCGCUUACUACCCGAGUACCCGUCCAAGUACGAGCUGAACGCGAAGUUCCUACGCGGCAUACCCGCGACCAUCACUCGGCAUCUUCUGAGGGAACUGAAGCUGUCAGCCGAGCUGACACGCUUCAAUGUGAUGAAGAAUGAAGCCAUCCUGUACGAGGCGUCGAGCAAGUACGCCGACAACUUGUACAAGGAACUCACUUCGGAAUCAAACCCUCCUAGCCGAAGCAAGGCAUCCGCUGCAACAGCCGCGCCCUCGGCGACGAAAUUGUUGACCGAAGACGGAGAGCAGCCUACCACACCGAGCAGUGGGCGCUUCGUUAAAAGGGUAAUCACCCAAUACGCUAAGAACAGAAACCCGUCAAGGGAGCAGCGUACAACGGCCAACUCUGCGCCGCUCGGCGGCAGUCGCCCGACUAACGCACCACGGGGAGACGUUAGCAUGAAGCGGUGCUUCAGGUGUCGUCAGAUUGGUCACAUCAUCCAGGACUGCCCAAUCAAAGCCGGUGACCAGCGCCUGAUGGCCAACAUCGCCCUGGAGGAGCAGGAUGCCGAGAAUGCUGAGGCAACCGAGGAAGGAGAAGGCGGCGCUGACGAGCAGCCCCCGCCUGAUAGUGACGAAGAGUCCCUCAUCGAGGAGAUUGUUGAGUACUAUGACGCUGUACCUAACUCUCAGUACGACUCUGAUGAGCAGAACGAGCGCCAUAGCGAGUACAACUCCGACGAAGGAUUCACCCACCGCAUGCAUAGCAUGUACGUCGUGGAGGACCUUACCCCGAUGGAUUGCACGGAUGACGAGGAAGAGGAUCUUCACCCGUCAUACGAGCCAGGCUUUUGGGCUCUUCCGCGUGUAGGCCAACGACCAAACCUGUCUAGAUUAUCGCCCGAAAUGGCUGCAGUUGAAUUAGAAACAUACCAUAGAAGGCGCCAUGCGCUACAAACCACGCGUGAGCAUAACCGCAUCGUACACCGUUACGCCGCCGACCUGAAGAGCGCGCACGGUAAGAUCGGAUCCCUGAAAGAUCAGUUACGACGCGCACUAUGGGAAGUUGACAGUCUAAAGACGGUGAACGCCGAGUCCUCGCGAAAGAUCGAAGCAAUAGACGGGACCUUGUGGGAUACGCAAGAAGCCCUGGCUUCCGCAGAGUUCAAGCACAGCCUGAUGAUACUAUCCAGGGACGAAACGGUCCUAGAAACGUUUGGAUCAGAUGCACUGCGCAUCGCAUACGACCUAGACGUUGAGAUGUACCGCUGGGCCACGGAUGUGACACCAGAAACGGUCACAGACGUGCUCGGCCACCAGUGGUCGCGCGACGAACCUCUACCUGGAGGAUUACGCCGCUACAGUACCAGCCCGCGGACUGUUCUUCCCGAGUACGAAACCUCUGACGAUGAAGAGGACGCAGCGGACUCGGGGAAUGAAUCGGACGAAUCGUCGAGCGGCGACGAAUCCGAUGAUGAGAAUGAUGAUAAGGCGCCGGCACCUUCAAUACCAAACAGGUGCCGCCUGGGAGUUACCAUCGAAGAAGUACCUGAAGAAGAUGAGUGCGAUGACGCGUCCGAGUAUGAGAACGACGCACCUAGGGCAGAAGUCGAUACCACCGAAGACCCCGGAUACGACAGCCUGCCCGACCUCGAGCCGGUGUCUGACACCAGUGAAGACGAGUUCUCCGACGUAUCAUCCGAAUACGAAUCAGAUAGCGUCGAGAACACCAUCGAGUACUGCUUCGCACGUAACGUACCAGCACCUCCCAGCCCGAGCCAAAACCGCACGCGGCCGAAAGACGCCAAGUCCAUUCAACGGCCACGACCCAGUCCGAAUGCAAUGAUGUGCAUGACCACAUACGGUGAGGUCAAUGGCGUGCAGGCUCUGAUACUCUUCGAUUCCGGCAGUACCUGUGACUCGAUCACACCAUCAUUAGCGGCCGCCGCAAAGGUUAAGACAGUAGCGCUCGACCCACCAUUCACACUACAGCUCGGCUGCAUUGGGAGCCGUAGCAAGGUGAACUGGGGAGCAACCCACUCGCUCACCCUAGGGUACCAGACCUUCCCGUCGGUCUACAGCGAUAUUGUUAACACAGCGGGAUAUGAUAUGAUCCUCGGGACGCCGUUCAUGCACGAUCAUAAGGUAGUGCUCGACUUCAAGCGUGGCGUGAUCGAGAUCGACGGGCAGGACUUGAAAGCGCUCACGCGCGCCGAAGCCGAGGAAUUAAAGACACCUAUCCCAACGCCGACGGCCGCUGAGACAGGCGAGAACAUCUUGCCCGAAGUCAUGCUCCUGCAGACGCCGCCGAGUGACAAGAAGCUCAUCGAUGACAUUUGGAGCGAACGAGUAACGAUGCAGCAUCCUGAAUUCAAAAGGAAGACGCCUCAGCGCGAGCAAGAGGGUGAACCAAAGUCCGGCAGACGUACCUUCAGCCGCACUACCACGAGUCGUGCCCUCGCCUUUAAGACCAAUACGCUUGAAGGUCGGAAUGAUGAGGUUGGCCCUUCAACGUCGGGUUGA